GACAGGGAGGAGACAUAGAGACAGAGAGGAGACAUAGAGACAGAGAGGAGACAUGCCGUCUAACAGAUCAGUGUCUGAUGCGCCCAUCACUCAGUUUGUCAACUGUAGAAUCCUGAGAGAUCACAAGCUGCAGAGAGAGGACCUGUGGGUGCGUGAAGGGAGGAUUUUAGAUCCAGAGAAGUUAUUCUUUGAUGAACAGGGUUACGCCGACAACAGAGUGGACUGUGAAGGCAACAUCAUUUCUCCAGGCUUUAUUGACGUCCAGAUCAACGGAGGACACGGUGUGGAUUUCUCUCAGGCCUCUGAGGACGUCGGCCGCGGUGUUUCCAUCGUGGCCAAGAAGAUCUUGGAGGACGGCGUGACGUCCUUCUGUCCCACCCUGGUCACGUCUCCCUAUGCCGUCUACCACAAGGUUUUGCCUCAGGUCAAAGUUCAUAAUGGAGGACACCAUGGAGCUGGAGUUCUUGGGUUUCAUGUGGAGGGUCCAUUCAUCAGUGUGGAGAAGAGAGGAGCUCACCCAGAGCAAUAUCUGCGCAGCUUUCAGUCUGGAGGCUUCGAGGACUUGAUGGAGGCCUAUGGCAGCCUGGAUAACGUUGCCAUGGUAACACUCGCUCCAGAGCUUGCCGGCAGCCAAUCGGUGGUGAGGGAGCUCUGUAGGCGGGGCAUCACUGUGUCGUUAGGUCACUCCGUGGCUAACUUGUCUCAGGCUGAAGACGCCGUGAAACAUGGAGCCUCUUUCAUUACACAUCUGUUCAACGCCAUGCUGCCGUUCCACCAUCGGGACCCAGGUAUCGUGGGUCUGCUGACCAGUGAUCAGGUGCCUGCAGGCCGGAGAGUGUUCUACGGUAUGAUAGCCGACGGGAUCCACACCAACCCUGCUGCUCUGAGAAUCGCCCACAGAGCUCACCCUUCAGGUUUGGUGCUGGUGACGGACGCGAUCGCAGCGAUGGGUCUUCCUCCCGGGCGUCACACUCUGGGUCAGCAGGUCAUCGAGAUCCAUGGUCUCCACGCUCACAUAGCAGGCACCAAGACGCUCAGCGGCAGCAUCGCCACCAUGGACAUGUGUGUGAGACACUUCAAACAAGCUACAGGCUGCAGUGUAGAAGAAGCUCUAGAAGCUGCUUCACUUCAUCCAGCUCAGCUCCUGGGAAUCAGCCACAGGAAGGGAAACCUGGACUACGGCUCAGAUGCAGACCUAACGCUGUGUGACGACGCCCUCAACAUCAAAGCUACUUACAUCUCUGGAGAGGAGGUUUGGAGGAAACAGCCGUAAAAAACCCCAGAGAGACCUCCAGGGGGCGCCAUUUCCCACAGAGCCACAAACCUGUCCAGAUACGAUUUAUCGGAACAGAACCAAACCAAACUGUGUUUAUUUUCAGCCUUGUCGGGCAUCAGAGGCCGAGUCUAUGUUUGCAGAUCACAUUUCACCCACUUCACAAAAGACUCGCGUAAUAAAAUCGACGUCACAUGAUCACGUCUUCAGCUCACUGUGAGGAAACUGAAGUUUGUAAAACACUCACUCUCUCACAGAGAAAAGCAGUGAUUUUUAGCUGGCGGGGUCCUCUGCUGCCUCGUGUGGUCACUUUGUGUCACUGAGGUCAAUCUGAAUGUGGACCUUUAAAUGCCAAAUUCACAAAAUAACACUCUUGAACUUAGUGAUGGAGGCAGCAGUGCGCGCUGUGAUGUUAAAAUCACUGAUUUUCUCUCUGGGCUUUGGUGUGGGAGAGUGAGUGGUUGACAAACAUCUGUCUCACUGUGACAUAAAGACGUGGACGUGUUCUUAAAACAUCGUAGACUUAAACUGAUGAUGAGUUCAGGUUCUCAGCAGCAGGGGGCGUGUGUUUUAAAGGUGCUUCAUUAAUCCAGAGGAGAGAAGUAUCAAAGUCACUUUAUUUCAUUUCAACAUUUUUGUACUUAGAAAAACCUUCAUUAUGUACUUUAUAUAUAUAUAUAUAUAUAUAUAUGUAUAUACACACUUCAUAUAUAUAUACUUUUACUUGAACAAAAACAGAAGAGAAAUGAGUGAAAAGUCACUGACAAACUUUUUUAAAGUCACAUGAUUAAAGACUGUUGUCAAAA